AUGUUAAAAUAAUCAAAAAACUUCCUGUUUUUAGAUUUUGCGAUUUAUGUUUAAAAAAUUAUUUGUUUUAUCACAUCAUGUUAUAUUCGGUCAUUGCAUUUCUCGGGCUAUUAGCGUUUGCGCGCGGUUCGCCAACAGGAGCACCGGAAGCUGCGUGCGUAACUAUGACUCCUGAUCCUAGUCCAGAUAAACAUAACGCCAAUGCAACUACGAAUGAAGUGUCUCCGUACAAUGUCACCGCGAAUGUUGGGAGCAUUGCAUCGGGAAUGGUUGUUAACAUAACCUUGAACGGGACAGAGGAAUUCAAAGGAGUUUUGUUGGAAGCGAGAUUAAACAGUGGCGAUACAGUAACCGCGCAAGGAUCUUGGGCAGUACCAAGCUCGGACUACAAAACCCUAAAUUGUAAUACAACCGCUGGUGCUCUCACCCAUAAAAACAGAAAUAAUAAGACACUUCCAGUGGUCUUUCAAUGGACAGCACCAGAAAUUACCAGCAGCAAUGACUACACGGUUUUCGCUACAGUGGUGACAUCGAAGAUGGUCUUCUAUGUAAAGCUACCAACGGAUACGAUUACUGUGAUUGCUACAAAUGCUUCCGUCCCACCAACGACCAAUGUUACUGAACCGAACUUCACGACUCCACCAUCAGCAACCGUUCCUACAGAAAAUCCACCAUCAGCAACAAACAAAUCGGAAACCCUUCCUACAGAAAAGCCAGUCGACUUAACCACAACUACUGGCUCUGGAAAUAAACUUCAGCUCUCUAGCGCCAUGUUCUGUUUAGCAAUAAUGGCCAUACUUGGCCGCAUGCUGGAAAUGACUGGAUAACGCAGUUUUUAAUCACAAAGACGAUUGGGAAUAAAAAAAAGCAGAUCAGUAAUAUCAAGACUCCAUAAAUUAAUUUCUUCAAUUGUUUUUACAAAGUAGAACGAGCUGUAUAUCUUUAUUACCGCUGACUAUCACUCAUGGGGCAUUUGUUUUACAUUUGUACUGGAAUGGUCGCGAUGAACCGAGGUCCAAUACCAAAGUGAGCGGCCACCAACAACCCACAACCCCCACAUGCACUUUUGUAGAAGUAGAAACGUAACCGUUUAUUUUUGCUUAGUUAUGCUUUUUAGCGAAUAAAACGAUGGUUUAAUUGGAGAAA